GCGGGGUCAUCCAGUAAAACACAUCGACUAACACGUUCCUCUUCUUCUGUUCGCUCAACAGUGUGUACGCACGUGAGUGUGUGUGUGUGUUUGUGUGAGUGUGUGUGAUGGAGUCGCUCGUGCUCAGCUCCGUGCUGCUGUGUCUAAGCUCUGUAGUUCUUGUUUGUCCGGUGAACGCGCGGAUCGGUAAGCGCGCGCUGAUCGGUGCAUGUCCCGCGCGUUGUGACAAGUCUCGCUGUCCUGCGCUGCCCGCGCGAUGCGCCACGGAGCUCGCGCUCGACGCGUGCGGCUGCUGCGCGGUCUGCGCAUCCGGUGAGGGCGAGGCGUGUGCGUUAACUGGGGGCGCGAGGCGGCUCGGUGAUCCGGUGUGCGCGCGCGGUCUCCGGUGCGUCGAGUCAUCAUCAUCACUACCACCAUCUUCUAUAACCUCAUCAUCAUCCUUACCAGUCGUGAUCCGGCGAAGAACGCGAACAGCACUGUGUGUUUGCGCGAGCGAGGAGCCGGUGUGCGGUAGUGACGGAGUCUCGUACCGGAGCGCGUGCGAACUGAAACGAGCCAGUGAGCGCGCGCAGGAGCUACAACAGUCCCCAGUGCUGCUUGUGCACAAAGGAGCGUGCGGAGAAGUUCAGGAAAAGCCAACCAGUCUGAGAUAUAAAUACAACUUCAUCGCUGACGUGGUGGAGAAAAUCGCACCUGCUGUCGUUCAUAUUGAACUCUACCGCAAGAUGAUGUACAGUUUGCGUGAGAGGGCCGUGGCGACCGGUUCGGGAUUUAUCGUGUCUGAUGACGGACUGAUUGUCACUAACGCCCACGUCGUCGCCGAUAAAAACAGAGUGAAAGUGGAACUGAAAAACGGACAGUCGUACGACGCCAAAAUCACCGACAUUGACGAAAGAUCAGACAUCGCUCUCCUCAAGAUCGACUCUCCAAAUAAACUUCCUGUGAUGAGUCUCGGCCGGUCAGCUGAUCUGAGACCUGGUGAGUUCGUGGUGGCCAUCGGGAGUCCGUUUUCACUGCAGCACACGGUGACGACGGGGAUCGUCAGCACCACGCAGAGGGGAGGGAAAGAGCUCGGCCUACGCAACUCCGACAUGGACUACAUCCAGACUGACGCCAUCAUCAACUACGGAAACUCCGGAGGACCUCUGGUUAAUCUGGACGGAGAAGUGAUCGGAAUAAACACUCUGAAGGUGACGGCAGGGAUCUCCUUCGCCAUUCCAUCUGACAAGAUCAGAGAAUUUCUCACCGAGUCGUACGACAGACAGGCCAGAGGUCACAAAACUCAAACACAUGCUGCAUACCAUGAGAAAAACAACAGCUUUUAUCCACAACAUGGCUUGUUUUGUCAGGGAAUUAAAACGAGGUGGUGUUUUACAGGUCGAGUAACAGCUAAGAAGAAAUACAUCGGGAUUCGAAUGAUGUCACUGACGCCCGGGCUCAUGAAGGAGCUGAAAGAGAAGCUGGGCGAUUUUCCUGACGUCACGUCCGGCGCUUACGUGGUCGAGGUCAUCUCCAGAACUCCAGCAGCAGUAGGAGGAGUGAAGGAGAGUGACAUCAUCAUCUCGGUUAACGGCGUACAGAUUUCCUCGUCUGCUGAUGUCAGUGCUGUAGUUAACACGCACUCCGUGUUGAACAUCAUCGUUCGCCGUGGUAAUGAGGACGUCCCUCUCACGGUUGUUCCCAUGGAGAUCGACCCUUGACCUCGACCCUCCAUCCGAGAUGAGACGAGUCACCGAUGACGGUGAAGCUCCGCUUUAAAAUGCAUGAUGAGAUGCAAGAUUUUAUUUUCUUUUAUAGUAUUUGUUUAAAAAGUGUUGAAUUAAAACAUUAUUAUUGUUUAUGGUUUAAUAAUAAAACUUUUAAUACUUUAGAUACUGUUGUGUUUUGUUUUUUUUAAGAUAAAUGGAAUAUUAAUUAAAAAAAGAAUUCUCUGCCUGAGCACAUGGAACUUUUUGCUGGAUUUUACA